AUGCGGGAAGACAUGGCACUGAAGAUACAGCUGCCUGAAAGUCGAGUACAGGUGUGGUUCAAAAAUCGUCGUGCAAAAGCUCGCCAGCAGAAAAAGUCCCAGCAGAACAGUUCCGGUGGCAGUAGCGGCUCCUCAUCUACUGAGGGCAACAAUUCAACCACCGAUGGUGAUGUAACUAUCAAAUCCGAAGAGCCGGGUGAGUCGACGUUGAGCGAGAACUCGCAGAGCCCAUGUCCUGACGAGAAGACAGCUCCGGCCAGCUAUCUGAGCAGCAACGCUUCGCCAAACAACUACGCAGCCGCAUCGUUCCGACCACAAGCGCAAUACACUUACGCAAACUACCAAAGUCCCAUGGAUUACUUUCAAUACACUCAACCUACGGCUGCAACCAGCACCAAUCCGUAUGGAAUGGAGACAUGGAAAUUCCAGCCAAUGGGUUGA